UAUGCCAAUCUGGUAAUGCUGACUAUUGGCUUUGCUUUUUAAAGAUCGAUUUUCUUCUGCCCAGUGACCUAUUCUGAAUUGAGCCCGGUGGUAGAAGUCACAUGUGGUGCUUCCUUGUGUGUUUCACAGGUAGCAUCUUAGACUUUCAACAUUUGGGUAGGUGUCGGUUAAUUCUUUUAAGUACCGACUGAAAUAAAAAAAUCCUUCUAUUAUUACUCUCUGACGUACUCAGUACAUAACCUGUAAUUAUUUCAAAAAAUACUUGUAUGUUUAAUUGGCAUAUUCUCUCCUAUUUCUUUGCUUUAAGUUUUUGAAUAGAGAAUCUUUCAUCAGGGGAAUCUAUCUGAUUUUUAAUGCUGUUAUUCUCAUUAAGUAUCUGUUCUGUGAGGUACUCAUUUGUUGCUGAACCAGUUGGUAAAAUCUAAGUUUUUUUCUAAAGGAUGUGUUUGAUCUUAUUUUACACGCAUGCUUAUUUCAACGUUUUUGCCGUUUGUGUUUUUUUUUUCACGUGUGUAUGUCUAGAGCAAUGUCAAUAUUGAAAUAUUAAAAUACUGCACGUUCCUCUAGAUCUUGUGGCUUACAGCUGCUAAGACUAAAAUGCAGUUGCAUCCCUAGUAGUGGAUUUUGGAAAAUGACUGUUUCAAGUUCUUAUUAUGAUGGCCUUACCUUCAUGUCAGAUGGCACUUGGUGGCAGACACAGGCACAGCCCUGUAGUUGCUUGGCCCUAUAUUCAUCUAGUAUUUUAAAAACUUUCUGGAAGUGUUGUAGCAUCAGAAAUGAUAGCAACUGAAAUUAUUACGGAAGAAAUUAUACUAAUUCAAAGAGCUACAUUGGAGCUUUAAAAAUGAAAAUGAAUAGAUAAGACAUUCUGUAGUUCUCUUUCUAAAGGAUUUCAUCCUUUUUUAGUACCUCACCGCUGUAAUAAUUUAAUUGGUCUUUUUCUCCCUCUUUCUUAUCAGCUUUAGAUAGAUGUAGACCAGUCUUUCAUCUGUGCAAGCUCAGUGAAGCCGGAAACAGAUAUUUUGUUAAGUGUAAUUCCCUUUGUUAAAUUAAUUUCUAUCUGCAUUGCCCUGUGACCUUUUCAUCCACAUCACCAACAUUUCUGAAAGCUGAAGAGGAUCAAUAUAUGAAAGUACAGUACAUGCAUCAUGAAUGAAUCUGCCUCCAGCGGAAAUGGCCAGGAGUUUGAUGUAUUUAGUGUUAUGGACUGGAAGGAUGGCAUAGGUACAUUGCCAGGAAGUGACCUGAAGUUUAGAGUGAAUGAAUUUGGAGCCCUGGAGGUGAUAACAGAUGAAAAUGAGAUGGAAAGUGUUAAAAAAGCCAUGGCUACCACCACCUGGAUGGUUCCAACUGCUCAAGAAGCCUUUUCAGAAAAGACAGGGAUCUCCUCAAAGUUGAAGGAAACUGCAAAAAUGGAUGGACUUGUUUUCUGUGAAAACUGUUAUCACUAUGGUACUGUAGAAGAAUUUGUUCCUGAAGGGAAAUUUUGCAGCCAAAAAUGUGCCCAGCAAGUAAAAAACAAAGAACCAAAGGAGGAAAAGCCCAGCAUGGAAUGCAAUGGGGAUGAUGAAUCCAAAGUCAUUCGGAAAAGAAAAACAAAAUUACCUCUCAAAGAAGAGUCCAGGGAUAAUGAGGAGAAGAAAGAUAAUCCCGAUGAAACUGAGGAUAAAUCUGAAGGCAGAAUUUUGAGAGUCUCACAGAGAGCCAGAAGAAAAAGAAAAGGGGAUAUAACAGUUUUGAAACAAACGGUAUCCUCUAAAGGGAAGCAACUGUGGUGUUGGGCGUCCUAUCUAGAGGAAGAAAAAGCUAUUGCAGUACCUACUAAGCUUUUUAAAGAGUAUCAAUCCUUCCCAUACAACAAAAACGGAUUCAAAGUAGGGAUGAAGCUGGAGGGUGUGGAUCCUGAGCACCAGUCAAUCUAUUGUGUUCUCACUGUGGCUGAGGUUUGUGGCUACAGAAUACGACUCCACUUUGAUGGAUACUCAGACUGUUAUGACUUCUGGGUGAAUGCUGAUUCUUCAGACAUUCAUCCUGUUGGAUGGUGUGAAAAAACAGGUCACAAGCUUCAUCCACCAAAAGGAUAUAAAGAAGAAGAAUUCAGCUGGCCUUCAUAUCUAAAGGCGUGUAAGGCUCAAGCUGCUCCUAAAUCUCUAUUUGAAAACCAGAAUGCAACAGUGAUUCCAUCGGGAUUUCGAGUAGGGAUGAAGCUGGAAGCCGUAGACAAAAAGAACCCUACAUUCGUUUGUGUUGCUACGGUAACAGACAUGGUGGACAAUCGUUUUCUAGUUCAUUUUGACAACUGGGAUGAGAGUUACGACUAUUGGUGUGAGGCAGCUAGCCCACAUAUUCAUCCUGUUGGGUGGUGUAAAGAACAUAAAAGAACUCUUAUCACCCCACCAGACUACCCACAUGCUAAGCAUUUUUCUUGGGAGAAGUAUUUGGAAGAAACCAGCUCAUUACCUGCACCUGCAAGGGCUUUUAAAGUGAAACCUUCUCAUGGCUUCCAGAAAAACAUGAAACUUGAAGUGGUUGACAAGAGAAAUCCAGUAUUUAUCAGAGUAGCAACUAUUGUAGAUACUGAUGACUACAGAAUAAAAGUCCAUUUUGAUGGCUGGGAUAGUAUUUAUGAUUAUUGGACAGAUGUAGAUAGUCCUGAUAUCCAUCCUGCAGGCUGGUGUACAAAAACUGGACACCCUCUUCAGCCUCCACUGAGUCCCUUGGAGUUAGUGGAAGCUUUGGAGCAUGGAGGAUGUCCCACAGCAGGAUGUAAAGGUGUUGGGAAUGUUAAAAGAGCAAGACAUAUUGGCCAUCAUAGUGCAGUCAGCUGCCCAUACUCUGAGAUGAACUUGAACAAAGAAAGCCUCCUACCCGAUCGGCUCAGUGGGGAGUUGCCUGCAGCCAAUCAUGUCCCCAGAAACAGAAGAGUGGAAGCAAGGGAAAGAUCCCCCUCUCCUAUAAUCAAUGACAGAAAAUGCCCGAGCCCAGGUCACAUAGGCACAAAAUCUGUAUCUCAUAAUCGAUCAUCUGGGAAAACUCUAUCAGAAACAACUAAGCAGGAAGACAGAAAAAGUGCAUCUCCUUGCAAGAAGCCCCAGUUAUGUGAUGUGAAAGAAAAGAAGCCACCUGGAGGACUGCAGACAAAGGACUCUGUAAAGAACAAAGAGUGUGAAGAAAAAGAGACAGGAAAUAACCUGCUCAUUUCAAAUGAAAUUAAAGUUAUUGAAGAACCCAAUACCCAGAGGUUUCUGUCUCAACCAGUUGUUGUGUCAUCAAAGCUGCAAAUCCCUGGCCUACCUUUGCGCUGGGAACAGCAAAGCAAGCUCCUGCCAAGUGUAGCUGGGAUCCCAGCCAGUAAAGUUUCUAAGUGGAGUACAGACGAGGUCUCUGAAUUCAUACGGAGUUUACCAGGAUGUGAAGAGCAUGGCAAGGUAUUUAAAGAUGAGCAAAUUGAUGGAGAAGCAUUUCUGCUAAUGACCCAAUCAGACAUAGUCAAAAUAAUGAGCAUUAAACUGGGACCAGCCCUAAAAAUCUUUAAUUCCAUUCUGAUGUUCAAAGCUGCAGAGAAAAACUCACACAAUGAACUUUGAAGAUAAUGGAAAACGUGUACAAGCCAGCUUCCUCCACUGGAGCUCAUGUUUUAUUCAAAGCACAAAGACUCACCAGAAUUAUUGAGUAAGGACUCUCAGAAAGGAAGAAAAGUGUGUUCUGCACUGGUGGACUAUUCAUAUUCUCCUAGAGCCAGUAUACAUCUGAAUCCUUCUGGGAAGUGCUCAUGCUUUUAAGAAGGUACUUUUUAACAACCAAGUCAGCUAGUCUGAUUUACCAAACUAAUGGAGCUAAUUCUCCAUGGAGGGUUAGGAUCUCUCAUGCUCUCUGGUCACCAAGAAAAAACCUUCAUUGAUUAUUUAUGCUGUAUUAUAUAAGGGAACGUUAAUAUUUUCUAAGAAUUCCUGAAUUCUGCUUCGUGUACUCAUUUUACUUUUUGGUAGCUAUUAUUUCUUACCAUCAAAAUAAAAAAAAAAUAGCCAAAAAAAUUGGGCUAUGGGUAGCCAAAUGAGACUGUUAUGGCUAAUGCAAAUUUGUGCCAUAGUUUGAAAAUGAAACAGUUAAUGUUACAUAUGUGACACUUUAUGCUACAGCAUAUAACUUUACAGAUUAUAAAACUGUCUGUUUGCUUGUAACAAAACAAACCUUGUUGGGGUUGAAAUUAUAAUGCUUUUUUGAUAACUGAAUGUUUUUACUUUUGCACGAUUACAAAAAUGUUAUGUGAGUUUUUCCACCAGCAUCUUUAAUGUAUUUUACCAAAAGAUCAGUAUCGAGAAGGCUGCAACUGAAAAAUAAAGUUUGACUUCAUAGAAGACAUUCAUUUAUGCUGCACAAUAGAACCCCAGCCUUUUACAUGGGAGCCUGCUUACAGUCCUUCCACACAUGAAGGAAAAUACAUGUAUUUUGAGGUAAGACUAUUAGCAAAAAAAGAGAAUAUAUUUAUUCACGUCUGCACAUGCUAGUCUCCAGUAUACUUACCAAAACAGUGGAGAAAAACAGUGUGCUAAAGCUAGGACUGCUACUCUGGCUUCAUAUGCAACAUAAGCUUGUAUUCUUAGUGGUGGAAGAAUUAUUUAACCGACCACUUCUUAGUUGAAAAAUCUGAUUUAUAAACGAAGCAUAGCCGGAAAGCCAAAGCAUGGAGGGAAAAGCUACUUAAACACAUAUCCUGCAUAGGCAUGAACUAGGUAAAAGGCAUGGGUUUCACCAGGUCAUUAGCAAGGCUGCAGAUUCCACUAGCAGGUACUUGGAGGCUUAUUAUGUCAGGGAAAUUUGUUGCACUUGGUAUAUAUACGUAAGAUGUAAACCGGAUGCACUUUACACUGGAGAAAGCCUAGCUACUAGUAUACCAGAAUUUUGCUUUUACAAGAAGAGAGAGAAGAGUUGGAUCAAGCUUUUGGCAGCCCUCUUCUUAGUACUGAGGUGGGCAGUUGCUUAGUCUGUAGUUAAGAACAAUGUUUCCAUUGCACAGAACUUUGAGAAUUUUAAAUCUUCCCACAGAUUUUGCUAGGCUGUUCUUUGGCUGAAGUUCCUUAAGAUUUCAAGAACCCUUUGUGCCCCUUCCAGGUCACACUGGUGACUGGUACCUGCCAUAAUAUGAGGUAAAACAGGGUCAGUAUGAAGUAAGUUGCAUUGCUCUAUUAAUUUCCUUCCAUAGCAUUGCAUAAAUAAUAUUUUUACAUUUUGUUCAAUAUUUGUACAGUCAAAUUGCACUCUUAUUGUACUACAAUACAAAUAAAACCUGAAUUGGA